CAUCGGAUCCAGAAUUUAAUUAUGAUUGUCCAUUGAUUCGUUGUUACAUACUAUUCGUUUUGAAAAUUCUUUCCAUAGAUUCCAACCAUGAAAGAUUCUUACAGAUUUUUAUCUCAUCAUCUUAAUCAAUUGAAAUCGCGUAUUGAAAACUGUGAUAAUAAUAGUAAACAAAAUGAAAAAUUUCCCAUCAAAUGGUUAAUUGAAAUAUUUAUUACUGAAGAUUCAGAAUUAUUUGAAAUGUUCCAUCAGAUAUUAUUACUUUAUUCGACAACAAAAAAUCCAACAAUAGUUGAUGAUAAUGAAAGUGAAUUUCUUAUCCACAGGCUGUUUGAAUAUUUUAUAACCAAUUCUAUCUACAAUGAUUCAUCUGUGUUAUUAGAUAUGCUUUGUACGGAUCAAGAAACAGCAUCUAUUGUUUUGCGAUUUCUUAUUGCUUAUCUAAGAAUUUUACCAUAUCAUUGUAAGAAUAAUUCUCAACCUUGGUUUGCGCCUAUCGUUCGAUUUUUCCAUGAACUUGGACAAAGAAUUCAAAAACUGGAUGAAAAAAAUCUAUUUCCAUACAGUCCUAAACCAUUGUUACGUUUAAUGAAUAAUAUUUAAAAUUGAAAUUUUAUUUAUUCAAUCAUCAAAAUUUAAGCUCAUAUUUUACAAUUAUUUUGUCGAUAAUUUUGCCAUGCAAUUUCAGUUUUUUGCCACAAUUUUCUUAUCAAUUGUUCCCAAUCUGGUUUGGUACCAAUAUCACCAAUCCAAUAUGGAUUUGGACAUAUGUGAUCAU